AUAUGAAUGCAGUAAAAUGUCUGCCUUCUGCUUUAUUCUUUAUCCCUGUCCUGUGGGCCGUGGCUGCCUGUUGAAACUAAGUGAAUUCAAAUUUGCAAAUCGACACAACAUAACCCAGCCCAAUUCAACCACCUCCCCUCCCUCAAGCCGCCAUAACAGAGUGAGAGUUGCUCAACCCUAGGGAACCCAGUAACUUAAAUUUGUCUCUCUCAGAAAUGGCUAAUCAAUUCGUCAAACGAUUCUUUCGCAACCUUAAUUUUACUAAAGACAAGUUAAUGACACCACAAGUGCUUACCCAGUCUGUGUAUGGUGUUCUUGAUCGGUGCCGAUUGCAUUCAUCAGAAGCAGAUAAGGUAGAAGCUAAUGCGUUGAAUAAAAGCAAGGAUACACCUCAAGUUUCUUCAAGACCUAAAGUCGAGAAGAAGACAGACAGUGACUCUGUGCUUGCCAAAUACAGCUCUGGUGAUGAUAAUGUUAGUGAUACCAAAUGGAGGUUAGAGCUUCCUUGGCUUACAAAAGCUGUCGAACCAGCUCUGCAAUUGUGCAGGUGGGCUGUUCCAACAGGAACUGUAGCUAGCCCCAAAUCCCCACCAAGCAGUCGAUCUGUGUCAGAGAUCCUUGCAACCAUUCAACGGAGUAAGAUUGGGAUUGAAGAUUGGAGUUUGAGUGACCUCACAAUCGGCCUAUAUCUUAUUUAUCUCCAUCAAGCAUCUUUAAACCCAUUUGAAGAAGUCAAGGGUGUUCAAAUAACAACAGAAGCAAUUGUCCAAGAUCUUAUAUACCAUGUCGAGUUGGCAAAAGGCUCUUAUAAGGGUGGUGCAUUAGGUCUUGCAAAACAUAGCAUGCUUCGUGAGAGCAAUAUUUUGAAAUUUGAAAAAAAUUCCAGUGUGAUGAGGCCUGGAUAUUAUAUAGGAAUUGAUCCUCGUAAGAAGCUUUUAAUUUUUGGAAUCCGUGGUACUCAUUCUGUGUACGACCUCAUCACUGACAUUGUUUCUUCAAAUGAUGAAGAAGUCACAUUUGAAGGUUUUUCAACUCACUUUGGUACAGCUGAAGCUGCUCGCUGGUUUCUUAGACAUGAGAUUGGAACCAUCAGACAGUUCUUGGAGAAUCAUGAGGGAUAUAGGUUAAGGCUAGUGGGUCAUUCACUUGGUGGUUCUAUUGCUUCUUUACUAGCAAUAAUGCUCCGUAAAAAGUCAUCCAAAGAGCUGGGGUUUAGCCCUGACAUUGUUUCUGCCGUUGGAUAUGCAACUCCACCUUGUGUCUCCAGAGAAGUUGCUGAAAGUUGCUCAGGUUUUGUGACUACUGUGGUACUGCAGGAUGAUAUAAUACCUAGAUUAAGUAUAGCUUCCCUGUCAAGGCUGAGGAACGAAAUUCUUCAAACUGAUUGGACAAGUGUCAUUGAGAAGGAAGACUGGAAAAAUGUCCUUGAUAUGGUUACAAAUGCAAAGCAGAUGGUCUCUUCAGUGCAAGAUGUAGCUCGAAAAUUUGCAGAUUAUGCGAAGUUAAGAUGCAAGAAUGAUUCUUCUGAUGUUCCCAUCAGAAAGGAAUCUUCUUUUCCUGUCAUCUCUUCAACUUCAAAAUCAACUACAGAGAAUGCUGCUCUCCUUAAGACUGAACAAUCUGCCAGCACAGUGCCUGAGGAGCUAUUUAUUCCAGGGACUGUGUACUAUCUAAAGAGGGAUGUCGACACUAAGACCAGUAGCGACAAGGAAGGUACUCAAUUUUUCACUCUCUGGAAAAGACAUCCUGAGGAACAUUUCCGGAGGAUAGUACUCUCAGGCAACAUUAUUUCAGACCACAAAUGUAAAAACCAUCUUUAUGCUCUACGAGAUGUACUAAAAGGCUUGCCUGGAUCCAGUGAUGAAUGGAUAUUCAGAUAGCUGAAAUCCUAAAUGUUUAACAUUCCAUUCAACGUCAUAUAAAUUAUUGUGUUUUGGAUCCACUAUCAACAUAUGAUCGUAUUCAACUUCUGCUCAGAAGACCUUGAUUGAAACUGAAGUAAUAUUGCUAUUAAGCUUGUGGUCUUGCUCUUAA